AUGUUCAAGCUGCGGUACAAGUCUGCUUUGGCUAGCCGAUUUGACUCCAAGAACAACUACGGCAAGCGUGUAGCGUACGUCAUGCUGGCGACCGAACUUAGCGUCGUCAUGCAGCGCGAAUUUACAGCCAAGCAAGUGCAAGACAAGCUGGCCAACAUGAAGACAGAAUGGUCUCUCUCCAAGCCAACGUUGCCUGCUCCGACUGGGAACUCUCCCCGGGCCCUUCUGCCCCUGCAUUACGACGUAAUGCUUGAUUAUUGGGGGGAAAAGGCUGGCUUCCGAAGGGAGUCGCUUAUCAGCACUGAUGAUACCAAGUCCCUGGAAGCUGGAUUUACUGCCAUCAAGGAGGUAUUAAUGUUUUUGGGGUCUGCGAUGGCUCAACAAACACCAUCCCAUCAACAAACACCUUCCCAUCAAGUCGUGGCAGCUGCGCCAACUCCUGCCACCCAGACGAGCUCUGUGGCUACUCUCGACGACGUUUUGAGUGCCAUAAAGGCUCAAUCAGACACCAUGUCCCAGCUCCUGUCGCACCUCAUUGCCAAAAAGGAUUAA